AUAAGGAGAGAAAGCAAACAAAUAGAAGCAGAACCCAAGUGCGGCGUUCGGCGGACUGAUUUGCAUAAAUUAUUAAUCUAUGAAUCGAUCUUACAUUAAUAAAAACAAAAACGUUAGUAUAUAAACUAUUCCAAAACAAAUCCCAUUUCGUAUACACCAUUGAAAUAUGUCUCCUUACAACCCUACACACAGACCUUCCAUGUCCCCCAUUCAGGCCCUUUAUAAGACACCUUGUGUUCCUUAACCCCCCAUAACUCCACUUGUGCCUUAAGGGACUCUCUCAUCCCAAUCCCAUUUCAUUCAUCAGUCAUCACCAUUCACCACUUCUUCCUUCCUUUGUGUGUCCGUGACUGUAACUCUAGCCCAACUCUUCUGGGUUCGUCCAUGGCUGCAGGAACUGCGUCUCCUUGUGGCGCCUGCAAGUUCCUCAGGCGAAAAUGUGCCUCGGAUUGCAUCUUUGCACCUUAUUUUUGCUCUGAGCAAGGCCCCGCCCGAUUCGCUGCCAUUCAUAAGGUGUUCGGUGCUAGCAACGUUUCCAAAUUGUUGCUGCAUGUUCCGCUCCAUGAUCGGUGCGAGGCCGUCGUCACAAUUGCUUAUGAAGCUCAGGCCAGGAUCCGUGAUCCAGUCUACGGCUGUGUCGCCCAUAUAUUUGCCUUGCAACAGCAGGUGGCAUUGCUGCAAGCACAGUUGAUGCAAGUGAAGGCUCAGUUGGCUCACAACCUUGUUGCUAAUAAUACACGGUCACUAGAGAACCAUUGGCCAGGGAAUACUCCUGCUGCUGGGCAAACUCACCUAACUUAUCCAACAUAUAUAAACUCCAUCACACCCCAGAGCUCGCCUGAUUCAGUGGACCUCAACGACGAGGUUGGGAUGCAAGACAUGCACAGCAGAGAAGAUUUCCCAUCCCUACCUUAUUGUGACAAGAAAAGAUUGUCCCACAAUGAAUUGAGUGAGCUUCAAGCUCUUGCUCUGAGGAUGAUGAGGAACUGAUUCAUAUCCUCUCUCAGAUGCUGACGAUGACCAGGGUAAUUCCAUGUCUCGUAUGAUGUAAAUACAAGAGAGCCUGAGAGGAAAAAAAAAAAGAAAAUUUAGUCUAAUGUGAUGAAACCCAAAUCUGGGUCUUCCCUUUCCAUGAAGAGAAAUACAUCAACUUCAAUUAGUUAAACACUAAAACUUGCAUCUGUCUCCUUCCUUUCUAUGUUUGGACUCUCAGGUUGUUAAGGUCAUAAAUUGGCUCUUUAUGGUAAGAAAACUUAGGAUUUCCUAGAAAUGUUCAAUUUAUUUAUUUACCAUCUUCUCUGUUACAAACUUAUCUUGCUUAGCAUG